UGAUGUGACGCUGGGCUUUGACGUCAUCUCCGGCAUUGUGUGUUAAAGCAGGCCUGGCGGGAUCUCCGCGGGUCAAUAUUUUUAGGUUCGUUUGGUGAAUCCGGUUCAAUCGGAACCAUCAGAACUGCAAACAUGACGGUGGGUAAGAGCAGUAAGAUGCUGCAGCACAUCGACUUCAGGAUGAGGUGCAUCCUGCAGGAUGGUCGCAUCUUCAUUGGCACCUUCAAAGCCUUUGACAAACACAUGAACCUGAUCCUGUGUGACUGUGACGAGUUCAGGAAGAUCAAGCCAAAGAACUCAAAGCAGCCUGAGAGGGAGGAGAAGCGGGUGCUUGGCUUGGUUCUGCUGAGGGGGGAGAAUCUUGUCUCGAUGACAGUGGAGGGCCCGCCCCCUAAAGAUACGGGGAUUGCUCGGGUUCCGCUGGCGGGUGUCGCUGGAGGCCCAGGUGUGGGUCGAGCAGCAGGCCGCGGCGUUCCUGCAGGAGCACCGAUGCCUCAGGCCCCUGCUGGCCUUGCAGGCCCGGUUAGAGGAGUGGGUGGCCCUUCACAGCAGGUGAUGACCCCACAGGGUAGAGGGACAGUUGCUGCAGCUGCAGCAGGAGCGAGCAUUGCUGGUGCUCCAACACAAUACCCCCCUGGACGAGGAGCCCCGCCCCCUAUGGCCAGAGGAGCCCCGCCCCCUGGUAUGAUGGGCCCUCCCCCAGGUAUGAGGCCCCCCAUGGGCCCUCCAAUGGGAAUGCCCCCUGGUCCAGGUCGCGGUGCUCCGAUGGGAAUGCCCCCCCCAGGCAUGAGACCCCCUCCUCCUGGUUUAAGAGGACCUCCUCCCCCUGGGAUGAGACCACCCCCUCGACCCUAGAAUGCUCUCCCACUCAGCUGUACAGAUUUUUUUAUUUCAUUAUUUUGUACGUGUGUGUUCUUAGGAGUUUUUCUGGCCUAAUUGUGGAGUUUCAAUGGAAACAAGUUCAAUAAAGGAGUGGAUCAGGCA